UGUAACAAAUACUCAAAAUUAUAAGUCAUGCCUAAAAAACAAAUAUAUUAAGUUUAUAAGCAAACCUACAUUAAUGAGGUCUUACAUCCAAAUUUAUCAGUUGCAAUAUCUUCCCCCCAAAAGUACUUCAUCUUGAUCAAUAUGGUUGAGUAUAUAUUGGGUAAAAUUGCCGUUAUUACCGGUGGUUCAACAGGCAUUGGGGCAGCUUGUAUAAAAAAGUUUUUCAAAAAUGGUCUGACGGGUUGCUCAAUUCUGGAUGUCGAUGAAUCCGGAGCAGCCUUAGCGCAGGAAAUGAACUGCCGUUACGGCUACAAUAAAGCGCUUUUCUUUAAGGCAGAUGUUAGAGACAAAUGCGCAUUUGAGCGUGCUUUAAAAGAAACCAUCAAAAGACAUAGAAAAAUUGAUUUAUUAAUAAAUAACGCUGCAAUCGGAAAGGAUAGAAUAUGGGAGACGAUGACGGAUAUAAAUGUUAAGGGCACAGUAAUUAGCACGUUGCUUGGUAUAAAAUAUAUGGGCAAGAACAACUGUUAUUAUGGUGGAACUAUAGUAAAUACAUCUUCCGUCUUAGGACUUGAACCGUUGUCAGGACUUCCGUGUUACACUGGAACAAAGCACUUUGUUGUUGGCCUUAACAGAUGUUUCAGCACCCAGUAUUGGUACGACCUUACUGGAAUUAGAUUCCUAACAUUCUGUCCGGGAAUUACUUCUAUGGUCGGGAGCGCUGAGGAUUAUGUUCUCGAGGGAUUUCCAAAUUUGAAACAGUUUCUUGAGAAAGAUUUGAAAAGAGAAAAACUUCAGAGCUCUGAACGUUUAGCCGAAGGAAUGAUGACGAUGUUAAAUGAGGGCAAAAACGGUAGCAUUUGGGUUAGUUGGAGGGAACAACCGGUUUUUGAGGUUGAACUUCCGAGUAUAAAUCAGAUGUCUCACAGUGGAAAGUGUCAUUUUAAAGCGAAAUAAAGUUUUGUAAAGAUGUAUAAAUGA